AUGAAAUUUUACAGUCCAGCAAUUCGCCGGCUUCUAAACCGUUGGCCCGGGCAGAAAACCUUUGGGGUCUACCGAUUUUUGCCAGUAUUUUUCGUUUUGGGAGCUGCGCUAGAAUUCUCUAUGAUCAACUGGCGAGUCGGCGAGGUUAACUUUUACAAUACAUUUAAGCAAAGACAGGCCCAGCAGAUAGUACAGCAAAAACUGCUGGAAGAACUUGAAACAAAUAAGGAGAACGCCUUGUAAGCCUCAAAAUGCCAGCAGGUGUAAGUUGGGGCAAAUAUUUGAAAUUUACCACCUGUGCUAUUCUAUCGAUGUUGGCAGGCUCUCAAGUUGUUCAUAUUUACUACAGGCCCUUAGAUGAUCUCGAUAAAUAUAUUGAGGAUGCAAAAAAAAGAGCUGGAAUGUCAUAGACAAUAUUUCAUUGAUUGUUGUAUCCAGCCGCAACCUCUAAAGAGUCUAAAGGGCCAAAAUGAAGUAGUAGCAGUGUGUUGUAAUUCGUUUGGAAAUAAAAAAUAGGCUCUAAUAUAA